AAGAGCCGCAGCAGCCCCUGGAGCUGGGAGAAGCCACUCCCAGGACCUGCCUCUCCGCCACGGGGAAACUAUUUAGGGUGGAGAAGCUCGGGGAGGGCUCCAGACGCUGGAGGUGUCCGCUCUCUUAUACCGCAGAGAUGAGCCAGGCCAGGCCUCGCUAUGCCAUCGAGCGUCCUGCCUACUCCGUCAGCCUCUUCGACGAGGAGUUUGAGAAGAAAACCAGAACUUACCCCGUCGGGGAGAAACUGAGAAACCUUUUCAGAUGUUCAGCUUCCAGGUUCAAGCUCACCCUCUUCCGCCUGUUCCCGAUCCUGGCGUGGCUCCCCAAGUACAAAAUCAAGGAUUACGUCCUGCCCGACGUCCUCGGCGGGCUCAGUGCGGGGACCAUCCAAGUGCCACAAGGGAUGGCCUUCGCCCUCCUGGCCAAUCUGCCUCCUGUCAACGGGCUCUACUCCUCCUUCUUCCCCCUGCUCCCCUACCUCUUCCUCGGGGGCAUCCAUCAGAUGGUGCCAGGGACCUUUGCUGUCAUCAGCAUUAUCGUCGGCAACGUCUGCAAUGAGCUGGCCCCGGAGUCGGACUUCCAGUACUUCAACCACACCAGCAACGAGACCAGCGUGAACACCACGGCCCUGGAGGCGGCCAGGCUGGAGAUCUCUGCCACCCUGGCCUGCCUGACAGCCGUCAUACAGCUGUGCCUGGGCUUCCUGCAGUUCGGCUUCGUGGCCAUCUACCUGUCCGAGUCCUUCAUCAGGGGCUUCAUGACGGCGGCGGGGCUGCAGAUCCUCAUCUCCGUGCUCAAGUACGUCUUCGGCUUGACAGUCCCGUCUUACACCGGGCCCUUAGCUAUCGUCUACACAUUCAUUGACAUCUGUAAAGGUCUGCCCCAAACCAACCUGGCCUCCCUGGUCUACGCCUUGGUCAGCGCUGCACUCCUGAUCCUUGUCAAGGAGCUCAACCUGAAGUACAUGAAGAAGAUCCGGAUGCCCAUCCCGAUGGAGAUCAUCAUCGUGAUCGUUGCCACCGCAAUCUCCGGCAGCUUCAACAUGCCCGACAAGUACGGGAUGCCAAUAGUGGGGAAGCUCAGCAUGGGGUUCCCCGAGCCCACCCUGCCCCUGGUGAGCAAGUGGAAGGACAUGGUGGGCACGGCUUUCUCGCUUGCCAUCGUGGGCUACGUGAUCAACCUGGCCAUGGGGAGGACGCUGGCGGCCAAGCACGGCUACAACGUGGACCCCAACCAGGAAAUGCUGGCCCUGGGCUGCAGCAACUUCUUCGGAUCCUUCUUCAAAAUCCACGUGAUCUGCUGUGCUCUCUCUGUCACCCUCGCCGUGGAUGGGGCAGGAGCGAAAUCCCAAGUGGCAAGUCUCUUUGUGGCUCUGGUGGUCAUGGUGACAAUGCUGUCCCUGGGAAUCUACCUGGAGCCUCUUCCAAAGUCCGUGCUGGGAGCCCUCAUCGCCGUCAACCUGAAGAACUCCCUGAAGCAGCUUGCUGACCCCUUCUACCUGUGGAAGAAGAGCAAGCUGGACUGCCUGGUCUGGCUCGUGAGCUUCCUCUCCGCUUUCUUCCUGAGCCUCCCCUACGGAGUGGCGGUGGGCGUGGGGUUCUCCGUGCUGGUCGUGGUUUUCCACACCCAGUUCCGCAACGGCUCUGCCCUGGGCCAGGUGACUUCCACUGACAUCUACAAGAACCCCAAAACCUACAACAAGGUCCACGAAGUUAAUGGGAUUAAAAUCAUCACCUACUGCUCGCCGCUGUAUUUCGCCAACUCGGAGAUAUUCCGGGAGAAAAUUAUAGCCAAGACAGGGGUGGAUCCUGGCAAGGUGUACUUGGCCAGGAGGAAAUUUGUGAAACAGCAGGCCAAGGGCACAGCACAAGCACCAGCAAAGCUCCCAAAAUUCCUGCUGAAGGAGAACAAGACCCUGUCUCUGCAAGAGCUCCAGAAGGACUUCGAGAGCGCCUCUCCAACAGACACCAACAACAACCAGACGACUGCUAACGGUGCCAGCAUCUCCUACAUCGCCUUCCGCCCUCCUGCCCUCGGCGCUGGGCCGGGGCAGAGCCCCGGGGAGCUGGGCAGCAGCACCCUGCAGGGCAGCACCUUCGGCGUCCUGCCCGCGGCGGACGCCGACCCCGUGCUGACCGCGCCGCCCUACGUCAGCUUCCACACCAUCAUCCUGGACAUGAGCGGGGUGUGCUUCGUGGACCUGAUGGGCACAAAAGCGCUCAGCAAGUUGUGUUCCAGUUACCAGAAGAUCGGGAUUAAAGUGUUCUUGGCAAAUGUGCAUGCCCAGGUGUACAACGACAUCAGCACAGGGGGAGUCUUUGAGGAAGGAGGCCUGGACCGAAGCCACAUCUUCCUGACCAUCCACGAUGCUGUUUUGUUUGCACUGGCCAGUAUCAGGGAAUUCGUCCACCCGCCCAUCUUGGAAGAGAGGCCGACGCAGACAGAGCUCUCCAUCUAUGAUGAGUCUGUGGACGAGAGCAGUGCAGAGUACAAGAACCUGGAGGAGGAGAUGUUUGGAAGCAUGUUCCACUCAGAGACCCAGACAGCUCUGUGAGCACAGCGAGCACCGUGCAAAGCCCUCCAGAGCAGACUCCUCUCUCCCACCCCUCCGUGGGGAGCUGUGCUUCUACCUGGGCAUACAACGGGUUUGCAAAGAGGCCACCACGCUCCAGAACUGCCAAAUCCUCCCUCCCCCCUGCUCUGCUCGUGGCACCGGGAGCACAGGACCCUGGAGCAGGCAGCAGGGGAAGCAGGAGCUCAGGAGAUGCCAUCCCACGGAUUGCAGCAGUGGAGCUGGGUCGGAGGCAGGUGAAUGCCUGAACUCAGGGGACAUUCAGAGUCCCCUUUAUCCCUCAAAAUCCUUCUGGAAUUGCACGAUCUGGGCAUCCCGCUCCUUCCCUUUCCCUCCUUCCUGUUUCCCCGUGGAAGUGAAGCUCAAGGAAGCAGUCAGAGCCUUCCAGGGCUCGGCUGGAGGAGCAGCAGCGGCUGUGGCGCGGUGAGGCAGCGCAGCUGCUGCUCUGGGACGUGCACUGACCCCGGGGCUGGCUGUCGCCACAGCCCCCCGAAUCUCCCCGCGUGUCUCUGCAGCCUCUGCCUCUCCUCUUCUGUGUCCCAGCAUCCCAAAAAACACCACUGCCUCCAACCAGCGCUGUAUUUCUGACACCCCAAAGACCUCAGGACUCUCUCGGCAGGGCUAAGUUCUGAAAUGCAUAAUUUUAAAUUUUUUUUAAAUUUUUUUUUUCUUACUAGUAGGACAGGCUUGUAGUCAGAAAUAAGAAUUCCUUGUUACCUGCAUGUUGUCCUGCCUGCCCGGCGGGUUGAGUAUAUGAAAAGAGAUUAUAUUUUAAAAUGCUAUUUCUAUUUUAAUACUCUCAACUAUUACAAAUAUAAGAAAACUUUAGUGCACAGUUUUUGAAGUACAUGGACAUUAUUGAGCUGAUUGCUGUAGGCUUCCUGGGGAGAGAAUGUGGGGCUUUCCUGCAGCUCCCAAAUGUCUCGUUUUUAAGGAAAAUUGAGAUUCCUGAACCAUCCUUGCUAGACAAAAGGAAACAACAGCAGCACCCUGCCAGUUUGGUUCUAUGCAGCAUCUCAAUAACCAAGUCACCAUUUCUCUACCUCAAUUUCUUUCUCAGUUUAUGUGGUGCAGGAGAGAAUAAUAAAACCAAAGGAGGGCAGAAAACCCUAGCUGACGGUUAUUACUUAUUUUAAUCUUAGACAGCAGUGGUUUCUCCAGAAGUCUCCACGUACAGCUUGUUCUGCAAGGUAAAAGCAAGAGACUUAAGUCUCUCAAACUAUCCUCGAGGGUGAUUCCUCGUGGUCUUUUAUACUGCCUGAGUGCUCCUUUCAUUGGCUGGUUUGAAAAAAAAAAAAAAAAAAAAGACAACAAAGAAAUUGGUGCAGAGCAACAAGAAACUGUCCUGAUCAAUAUUUUUGCGUCUCUGCGGCGGCAUCACGUUAAAAGAGGGAAGUUCCAGUUCCCAGCUCUUUAUUCAUUACAGGAGGUUGAUUUCCCAGCCCAGGCCAAAGGCAGGAGUCCUCAGAGCAGAGGCAUGAAGCAGAUUGUAUUUCCUGAACUUCCCACAAGAAAUGGGAUGCGAUGCCAAGAGAAAUGGCUCAGAAACAGCAGCGGUGGCUCUCCUGCAAAUCGUGACCCGGGCAGGAGGAAAACCCAUUUCUGGAGCCAAGUUCUGGGUCAGUUCUAGCAAUAAAUGUAACACCAGCAGGCAAGGGGCACAAUGUGGCCAAAGUCAUAAUUCCCAAGUGCCUGGGCAGAGAAUUAGGGGAGUACAAAGCCACGCUGGUGAAGUAUUUCACUUUCAGUAAAAUAUUCCCUUUAUUUCUCUUAAGUAAGAGUGAGGUUGAUGUGGUUUGGCUCUGAAGCCUAACUUGGUAAAUGCAUGAUGUAUAACCAGCUAAGAAAUGUUUGUAAUUUAUUUAAUUUAAUGUUGGUUUCGUUCCUUUUUUUUUUUUUUUUUUUAAUAUAAUAAAGAAUGUGUGAACAAUCAUUGUCAUCUUCUGCUGACUCAAGGGCAGGAUUUCCACGGCUGUUCCCAUCUGGUCUUUGGCAUCCUGGGAUCGUUUAUGCCAUAAAGCUGGGAUAAAUCUCCACAUUCAGUUCAGAACAGCUGUAGAG